UCAAUCGGCAGGGGUCACUAGAGUCUCAAAACAAGGAAACAAGGUAACCGACUGGUUCGUAAAUUUUCUGGAAAGGCAUGAGGUUUUAAGAGAGUAGUUUUGGAUCUAUUUCGAAUUGUUUCGGUGUAACGAAAAGUCGAAUUGUCAGUGAUCACUGCUAAACUUCAGAAUGACGCCAAUUCUUUCGCUUCCAGGAAUAUUGGGUCUUCUGCGCGGCCGUAGGUUAGCUCUAAAGUGCGCCUGCGCAGGAGAGAAGCAUCGGCUAGUCUGGCAGCCUGUGGGACAAACUGCAGUAGCGACCCUCUGGCCGCGCCAUGAAGACCCGGUUUAGCACGGUAGACCUCUGCGCGGUCCUCGCGGAACUCAACAGCAGCUUGCUGGGCAUGAGAGUGAACAAUGUUUAUGAUGUGGAUAAUAAAACAUACCUUAUUCGUCUUCAAAAACCAGACUUCAAAGCUACACUUUUGCUUGAAUCUGGCAUACGAAUUCAUACUACAGAAUUUGAGUGGCCUAAGAAUAUGAUGCCGUCUAGUUUUGCGAUGAAGUGCCGAAAACAUUUAAAGAGUCGGAGAUUAGUCAGUGCAAAGCAGCUUGGUGUGGAUAGAAUUGUCGAUUUUCAGUUUGGAAGUAAUGAAGCUGCUUAUCACUUAAUCAUUGAGCUCUAUGACAGGGGGAACAUUGUUCUUACAGAUUAUGAGUACUCAAUUUUAAAUAUCCUACGAUUUCGAACUGAUGAGUCAGACGAUGUUAAAUUUGCAGUUCGAGAACGCUAUCCAGUUGAUCAUGCUAGAGCUGCUGAACCUUUACUUUCCUUGGAAAGAUUGACAGAAAUUAUAACCAAUGCUCCUAAGGGUGAACUGUUGAAGAGAGUUCUUAACCCACUACUUCCUUAUGGACCAGCUCUCAUUGAACACUGUCUUAUAGAAAAUGGAUUCUCUGGUAAUGUCAAAGUGGAUGAGAAGUUUGAAAGUAAAGAUAUUGAAAAAGUGCUUAUUUGUCUGCAGAAAGCAGAAGACUAUAUGAAGGCAACAUCCAGCUUCAGUGGAAAGGGUUAUAUCAUUCAGAAAAGAGAAAGAAAACCAAGCCUAGAAGUAGAUAAGCCAACUGAAGACAUACUCACGUAUGAAGAAUUUCAUCCUUUCUUGUUUUCGCAACAUUCACAAUGUCCAUAUAUAGAAUUUGAAUCAUUUGACAAGGCUGUGGAUGAAUUUUAUUCCAAGAUAGAAGGUCAGAAAAUAGAUAUAAAAGCUUUACAACAGGAAAAACAAGCAUUGAAGAAAUUAGAUAAUGUCCGAAAGGAUCAUGAAAACAGAUUAGAAGCUCUCCAGCAGGCCCAGGAAAUAGACAAACUGAAAGGAGAGCUCAUAGAAAUGAAUCUGCAAAUAGUUGACAGAGCCAUUCAGGUAGUUCGAAGUGCUUUAGCUAACCAAAUAGACUGGACAGAAAUUGGGAUAAUCGUGAAAGAAGCACAAGCUCAAGGAGAUCCUGUUGCAAAUGCUAUCAAAGAAUUGAAAUUACAAACAAAUCAUGUUACAAUGCUGCUACGAAAUCCAUACUUGUUAUCAGAGGAGGAAGAGGAUGAUAUUGAUGUUGACAUCAAUGUUGAAAAAAAUGAAACUGAACUACCAAAAGGAAAAAAGAAAAAACAAAAGAACAAACUACUGCAGAAGCCUCAGAAAAAUAAGCCAUUACUUGUUGAUGUUGAUCUUAGCCUGUCAGCAUAUGCUAAUGCCAAAAAGUAUUAUGAUCACAAGAGAUAUGCUGCCAAGAAAACACAAAAAACUGUUGAAGCUGCUGAGAAGGCUUUCAAAUCAGCAGAAAAGAAAACAAAGCAAACCUUAAAAGAAGUUCAAACAGUUACCUCUAUUCAAAAAGCAAGAAAAGUGUAUUGGUUUGAGAAAUUUCUGUGGUUCAUUAGCUCAGAGAACUAUCUGAUUAUUGGUGGACGAGAUCAACAACAGAAUGAAAUGAUUGUGAAACGUUACUUAGCAUCAGGGGACAUUUAUGUACAUGCUGACCUUCAUGGAGCUACUAGCUGUGUAAUUAAGAAUCCAACAGGAGAACCAAUUCCCCCUCGGACCUUAACUGAAGCUGGUACAAUGGCACUUUGCUACAGUGCUGCUUGGGAUGCACGAGUUAUCACUAGUGCUUGGUGGGUGUACCAUCAUCAGGUAUCUAAAACAGCACCAACUGGAGAAUAUUUGACAACAGGAAGCUUCAUGAUAAGAGGAAAAAAGAAUUUUCUUCCUCCUUCAUAUUUAAUGAUGGGGUUUAGCUUCCUUUUUAAGGUAGAGGAGUCUUGUGUUUGGAGACAUCAGGGUGAAAGAAAAGUCAGAGUGCAAGAUGAGGACAUGGAAGCACUAGAAAGUUGCACAAGUGAACUCAUAUCAGAAGAAAUGGAACAACUAGGUGGAGGUGACAGUAGCAGUGAAGAAGAUAAAGAGGAAUUACCUGUAGAGGUGGAACUUGUGACUCAGGUUGACCAAGAGGAUAUUAUCCCACAUGGUGGAGAUGAGAUAAAUGAAGAACUAAUUCAAGAAGAAAGCUCUGAAGAUGAAGGAGAAUCUGAGGAGGUGGUAAAAGAUCAAGAGACUGUUGAUGAAACAAAGAAUGAAGGGGAAGAGAUAUUAAGUUAUCCUGAUACUACUAUUGACUUGUCCCACCUUCAGUCCCAAAGGGCUUUACAGAAAUUGACUGCAAAAGAAGACUCUUCUAAUAUGAGUGAAAGUAAAGUACAGAGCCGGAGACAUUUGUCAGCCAAGGAAAGAAGGGAAAUGAAGAAGAAAAGGCUUCCAGCUGACUCAGGGGACUUAGAAGUAAUAGAAGGAAAGGAUAAAGAAAGAGAUAAUGCUCUACAUGUUGAAACUAAUCAAAACAUAAGCAAAAAUGUUCCAGCUGUGCAGCCAAUGAAGAGAGGACAAAAGAGUAAAAUGAAAAAAAUGAAGGAAAAAUAUAAAGACCAAGAUGAAGAAGACCGUCAACUCAUCAUGAAAUUACUUGCAUCUGCAGGUUCAAAUAAAGAAGAAAAAGGGAAGAAGGGGAAAAAAGGAAAAACAAAGGAUGAACCAGUGAAGAAGCAGCCCCAGAAACCUAGAGGUGGGCCAAGGAUUUCAGAUAACCUAAAGAAAGAAACACCAUCGCUUGAAGUUGUGACUCAUGAGUUACAAGAUUUGACUGUGGAUGAGCCACAUGAUGACAAGCAGGAAGAACAAGAAGAUCAACAGGGAAAUGAGGAAAAUUUAUUUGAUUCCUUGACAGGCCAGCCACAUCCUGAAGAUGUACUACUGUUUGCCAUUCCAAUAUGUGCUCCUUAUACCACCAUGUCAAACUAUAAAUACAAAGUGAAACUUACUCCUGGAAUUCAGAAAAAGGGAAAAGCUGCAAAAACAGCUUUAAAUAGCUUCAUGCAUUUCAAAGAAGCAACAGCAAGAGAAAAAGACUUAUUUCGCAGUGUAAAGGACACAGAUUUAUCAAGAAACAUUCCUGGCAAAGUAAAAGUGUCUGCACCUAAUCUUCUGAAUGUAAAAAGAAAAUAGCUGAAAUGAAAUCCUCAAAUAUUUGAGAAGAGCCUUUUGGAAGUUCAGAGAUGAAAACUCCAUAUGACCAGACUUCCACAUUUAAAAAUGAACUAAAACAUUGCCUUGCUAUAUACACCAAAAGGACUUAUUCUUGCUUUUUCCAGUUUUAUAUAGAGGAAACACUGUAUGAUGAGCUUUCCUAAAAUAUCAGUACUUGUUGGUAGUUAAAUACUAAUUGUAAUCUGUAGUUACUCUCCUACACUUUCUUGAAAUUUGGAAGGCUAAUAUUUUAUGUUGUAAUGAAAGUGAAGAGGCUCAACUUGCUUAGACAAUUGACUUGAUAGUGACAUCUAAUGUAUCUAUUACAGGCUAUUAUGUCUUUUUUUCCCCCCUGGUGGUGGUGAAGUCAGGGGCAGUUAAAACAUUUAAGAGUAAAUUUUGAAAUAUCAAAGGAAAAUUUUUCUGCCUUUACACCUGUCAAUAUAUGUAUUAGAUGAGAUACAGAAUAUAAUGAUUCAACUUAAGAAAUACCACCUGAGAAAUUGGUGUUGAUCAUUUCCAUGCAUUAAAUACCUUCACUUUUCAUAUUAA